GGGAGUCUGUCUUGCGCAAGAAGGCACCAAACACUGCUACUCUACUUUAAAACUGAAAACCCCAAAAUCCCCCUCUUUCCCAUUCCCAGAAAAUCAAACACCCAAACUCUCACUCUUUCUCCCUCAAACAAACAAAAAAAACACAGACUUCAUUCGGUAGCAGAAGAAGAACCAAAUCACCAUGAGUAGAGGAAGCGGAGCAGGUUACGAUCGCCACAUUACGAUCUUCUCCCCCGAAGGUCGUCUCUUUCAAGUUGAGUAUGCAUUUAAGGCAGUGAAAUCUGGCGGAGUUACUUCAAUUGCAGUUCGUGGUAAAGAUUCCGUUUGUGUUGUCACCCAGAAGAAAGUUCCCGACAAGCUUUUGGAUCAAACUAGUGUUUCGCAUCUUUUCAAAAUCACGAAAUUCCUAGGGCUGCUCGCCACUGGAAUGACAGCUGAUGCUAGGAAUUUGGUUCAGCAAGCGAGGAAUGAAGCAGCCGAGUUUCGCCAUAAAUAUGGAUAUGAAAUGCCAGUAGACGCCUUGGCUAGAUGGAUUGCGGAUAAGUCUCAAGUUUAUACCCAGCAUGCCUACAUGAGACCUCUUGGAGUAGUGGCUAUUGUUAUUGGAAUCGAUGAAGAGAAUGGACCUCAACUAUUUAAAUGUGAUCCCGCUGGCCACUUUUAUGGUCACAAGGCCACAAGUGCUGGAUCUAAAGAUCAAGAAGCUAUUAAUUUUCUGGAGAAGAAAAUGAAAAAUGAUCCUGCUUUCUCCUAUGAAGAAACUGUGCAGACUGCCAUCUCUGCUCUUCAGUCUGUUCUGCAAGAGGAUUUCAAAGCCACUGAGAUCGAGGUGGGAGUUGUUCAGGUAGCGAAUCCAGUUUUCAGAUCGCUUACAACCGAGGAGAUCGAUGAGCAUUUGACAGCCAUAAGUGAGCGCGAUUGAUUCCAUUCGGUUGUGUUUGACUAGGCAUGCUGAGCGUAGUUUUCGAAUGUAUGCUAGUAUUUCUGAUGUGAAAGAUGUUCCUAAACCGUGUAACUUGAAAUUUGUUAACCCCUUGGUAGAAUUGUUUGCUUUUAUCUUAUUGUAGCCACAGAUAAUGGCCAAAAUAUGACACUGAAAAGGGGGUUAUUAUUGCGAAAGAAUGUCUGCAAAUUGAUGAAAAUGGUUUAGUUGCUUGGUAGCUGUGCGCUAGAUUGCCACCUUCUUGGUAGAAUUGCUCAGUCUCAUUGUUGAUAAGUGCCUAAGAUUUAAUUUUCAA